AUGUCUGCCAUCCAGAAGAACGUCGAGGCGGCAUCAGAGAGAUAUUCCUCCACUUUCACAAAGGGCCACUUGGCUCUGCCUCCAGCGAAGAAGUAUCUUGUGCUGACUUGCAUGGAUGCCAGAAUUGACCCAGCGCAAGCCUUCGGCAUUGAAUUAGGCGAUGCACAUGUCAUUCGCAAUGCCGGCGCUUCUGCCAUAGAUGCUCUCCGCAGCAUCGUCAUUUCGCAACAGCUUCUGGGCACGCAUGAGAUUGUCCUUGUCAAGCACACCGGUUGUGGCAUGCUCACUUUCAAGAACGAGGACGCAUAUGCGCUGGUUGACAAAAACCUUGGUGCUGAAGCGUCGUCGGAGCUUAAGUCUCGCAAACUAGACUUCCUACCAUUCCCUGAGCUGGAGGAAGCCGUCAGGAAAGACAUCGGCUUCAUCAGGGAAACGAAGUUGAUCCCGGAAAAUGUGACGCUCAGCGGCUGGAUAUACGAAGUUGAGACGGGCAAGACGAAGCGUGUUGUUUGA